AUGACGGUAGCUGCCGAAAGAAUCGAGCGAAAUUAUCGACGACGUUCGUCAUUUAUUCAAGAACAGCGACGAGAAAAACUAGAAGCACUUGCGGCGCUUGAUGAAGUCGAAGUUGACGUUGUUGAUGGAAAACCUAAAGCGCGCUCCUCUCGUCACAAAUCCGUUAGCGUUUGUCUGCCGAUGUCCCCAAUGAUGCCGGAACGUUCCAACGCAGUUGUCGAUUUUCCCCGUCCCAAAGUUCACACAGCUCACAGAAGUGGCGCUACUUCACGCUUCAUAGUCGAGCGAAACUGUCAGCCGGAGUCGCUUGAAGCUUUCGAAUUGCGGAGCGUAAGGUUACGUGGUCUGUCAACGUCUGAAGUAUUUCACGAACCUCCCGCAAUGUAUGUGUACCGUGAGCGACCUCCUCCAACCGUAUACCGCAAGAAAACCAAUGGACAAGCCUGCAUUGCGUACAUAAAAAAGCGCAAGCACACCUUAUGUGCGUGGACGUGCGGAAUCGCGGCCAUUGCUCUGAUGACAACCAUUAUAGGACUGCAAAUCAAGGGCGAUCUUUGA